AUGAGUGAAGUUUUAUUCUUUGGAGUACUCUCUGUGCUUACCAAUGCAUGCACAGCAGAAUAUAAUUGUGAGCUGCAUAAAAAGACGGACUCAUUCGAAUUAAAGAUGUAUAACCAAGACACAUUUACUAUCAUACUUUCUAAACUUAAUGAAUCAGAAUAUUAUACAAUUAAAGAAACACAAAGUAUUCGUGUGGACUAUUCUUCAUUCAUAGUGAUACUUAGUGAACUGCUAAAAAGAGUGCAGAGAAAUGAGCUAUUUAUAGAAAUAGGAAGUACUCUAAAGAUAAUAGAAAGGAAUACAUUUAGAAAUAUCCUGCAUUUAGAACUGCCAUUAAAGAACCUGACACAGGCAGAGUAUAAAUUGUACAUAUCUGAUAUACUUAGCAAAUUAAACAGGAAAACAAGUUCCUUAGAACGAGAAAACAGUAUUUUAAAGGAAGAAUUAUCCUCUUCAAGAAAGACAAAUGAAGAGCUUAUGGGCAAGUAUAGAGAAGAAAUUGAAAAAAGAGAAAAGGAUAAUUAUCAAAUAAAACGAGAGGCACACGAUUUAGAUACACAAUUGAUCAGAAUAAAAAAAGAAAGCGCGGAAUACUCAUCAGAAAUUGAGAGAAUAAAAAAAGAGAAGCAGGUGCUGGAGGAUGACUUAAGAAAGGCGAAUGACAUAAUCAAAAGAAACUUUGAGGAUAUAAAAAGCAAAGUAAAAACAGAAACAUUACUAAAAGAAGAAGCAAGAAACUACAAAACAGAAAAGGAAGAAAUUGAGCUGAUAAAUAACAAGUUGGAAAUGGAAAUAAUGGAAAAAAAUGAAGAGAUAAAGAUAUUAAAGGAAAUGGAAUCAGAAAGAAUUGGAGCAAUUAAUAAUCUAAAAGUUCUGAAUAAGUCACUUAAUAGAAAGCUAGAAAGCACCUAUAGAAUAUACAAUAGAAUAUAUAAGAAACAAGAAGAUGUAGAAGACGACUCUAAAACAGAGGAGACUACUAGUUCUUUAAUAUCCCCUGAGAGCAUAAAUUAUUAA